AUGUCCCACACCAAGAACGCCCUCCCUAAGUACUUUGGCAAGCACGGCCACCAGGAUCAGAACCCCAACGAGACCAAGAAGGGAGGCCACGGAAAGGGCAACUGGGGCAAGCCCGAGGACGACAUUGAGGAUCUCGUCGAGUCGGGCGAGUUCAACACAGGUUACCACCGACGCCGAACCAAUUCCAACGGCGUGGGCAACAUCCAGCGGCCCGACUUUAACAAAAUCUCGGACGACUACGAGCAGGCCAUUGUCGAAGAGGAGGUCAAAUACCAGUCCUAG